AGCACGAUCGAUGACCUUCAAGGACGCGCGGGGGAGCUCAAGGGCGGACAAGGGUUCCGUGGGUUCCUGAAGGGACUCGUGUAUGGGUCGCAGAACCAAGCGAUCCUGUCAGAUAUGAAGGAAGACAUGGCAAAAGCGAUGAGCCUUUUUAUGGUCCGUCGACCUUGCCAACUCUGGAUGCACGCUUUGAUAAUUACUUUCUAUCCUCCAGUCUCUCGUGCACGCUUCGCUCCUGAGCUAACUCAGACCAUCGAUCCUGAAGAGAACCAGAGAGUCAUAGACUCCAUGCCUCCAGCAGAUGCAGGUUACCGGUCGGUGGACGAACUCAAGAGCGGGUUCAUGCAAGGCACCCGGGAAGAGCUAUUCGAGGAGCUGGAGCAGUGGUCAGCUGUUCGAUUCCCCGAGGAUGAGCCCAAGCAAGUUUGCUACCUCACCGGCGGGGCAGGUCUAGGGAAGUCCUCGAUUUCCCAUCAAUUCUGCGUUCGUCUCGACGCAGCGGAUCACCCUUCGCUCAAGCUCGGCGCAUCAUUCUUCUUCGUCCGCGGUGGCGGGAACCUCGAGGACGCUCACCUUGUGUUCUCGACGCUCGCACGUCAGCUCGCAGUGUCCCAGUCGACCCUUCGCCCUCACAUCAUCAGCACCGCACGCAAGUACCUUAAUCACGGCGAGCGGCAGCAAAUGCAACACGCGUUCGAGGAGCUCCUUCGGAAGACUCUCACCGCCGCCCCCGCAGACCAAACACCGACACUGAUCGUCAUCGACGGGAUAGACGAGUGCAAGGACAGGAGGCUGGUUCCCGAGCUGCUUCGGUCCUUGUUCAGUCUUGUCCGGGAGUUACCGUGGCUGUACGUCUUUGCCGCGUCACGACCAGAGCCCCACAUCCUGUCGGUACUUGCACACCCCAGCUCAGCCGAUGUCGUUCACCAUAUGCGACUGGAGGACGCAGCGGACAGUGACGGUGAUGUCGAGCAUUACCUCAAGGAAACCGUACCGAAGAUACCCUCCUAUGCCGAUUACCUCAACGAGCACCCCGACGCCCUCAGACGCCUCGUCUCACGUGCGGCCGGCGUAUUCAUCUUCGCCCGGAUCACCGUAAAUUUCUUGGACGAGCAUCACAGUCAUCCGAAGGAAUGGUUUGAGCUUGUCCUCUCGGGCGGGGGUCCGGCGGUGUCGCCCCUCGACGCGCUGUAUCUGCAAAUCUUACGGUCCGCAUUUCCCCCCGAAGACUUGCGCGCCUUACCUUCUGAACACAAGCGUCUCCGCUCCCUCCUACGGUUUGUUGCCCUGGAAUCCGAGUGGAUAAAUGCCGAGACCGUUGCGUUUUACGAGCGCGAUCUGUCAGCCGAUGACGUCUCCGACGUGGUGGACCGUCUGCGCUCUGUGUUGAUGAUCGACAAGGACGGACAUGUGGUGCCCCUCCACGCGUCGUUCGGCGAGUUCCUUGUCGAUGAGGACCGCUGCAGCGAUAUGCUCUACCAUGUGGACAAGUCUGAAGGGCACGCUUACCUUGCAUGUGCUUGUCUAGCGGCCAUGUCUUUUGAGCAUCGCACAUACUACCUGCAGGAACCAUACGCGCGGCCCCAGCACGCACGCGUCAACUUUGAUAUCAUGGUGGCUGGCUGGUGGGGACAUGUCCAGCUGGCCAAACAUACUGUGAAGCUGGAGGAGCAACUGUCUCAGUUCGUGCAAGAUAUUCGACUGGCAUUGCACAUGUGGAUCAUCACAGAAUUUUAUCCUGACUUGAAUGCCUAUGGUAUACGGUGUAUAUGGGACUGUCUUCAAGUGAGUAAUCAGUCUCAGCUAAUCAUGUGCUGUAUAUAUUUGUCACAUGUUAAUGGUUUUAUUAUUUAUUUUGCAGCCUUCUGGAGCCAGGAAAGCAAUAUGCUCUGAGUUCCUCAAAUUUGGCAUUUAUGUCAAACUAUGGGUGCUCGGUGUACCCAUAUCUCCAAGUCAUGCUCCACCACAAAUCACCUCGGACAACAUAUCUCAGGCAAUCUCAAGGCUUCCGCAUGAGUAUCAAGACUUGCUUCCCGUCCUAGAUCUCACUGUCGACGACAGCCACUUGACUCAAUAUCAGGCCAUCAUGGCAGAUUUUUGGACGAAAAUAGAUCGAGAUGAAGCAACCAGGGAGCUGUGGCGCGAGAAUCUAUAUUUUCCUGAUGAACAGGCUCGUUUGGCAGGUCUGGACGUCGAUCCCUCUCAGCCCAGCACGCCCCUCCAUAGCCCAACUGUCGCCACUCCGUCGUCUUCAUCCAUCACCUCUGUCACACCGGAGAUGGUUUCCGAGCCCGUCCUGGACGGCGACACUGUCCGUUCUGCCGGAAAUGGCGGUACGGCACCUGAUAUGGCCGAUGCUGUACCAUCGCCAGUCACUUCUCCUGACAGUGAACUUGUCGCUUGCCCUACGACCUCACGUAUUGCGGUCUCUGGCAUUCACACCAGACGUGCACCCACACCCGCAGACGAUCAACUGUCCUCCAUAUUUUCACCACCUACUCCGAGCUCUGCCGAAGAAGAGCCCACGGCACCUAGCGCGAGGGCCUCGGGAGAAGGUAAAAAGAGAGCCAAAACUUACUAGCCAUGCACAUUUCUUAUUUUCUGUAUUUCUCCGUCUUUCCGCUGUAAUUGCCGAUUACAGCCGUAUAUAAGCACACGCUAAAUUACUCUGAAGACUCGCUGAUUAUGAUCUAGUACGAUACGUCGCAUUAUAUAGAUGGCACACGGAACUAAAACGCUUGCGCUGUAGGAAGAGAAGUCAAUGAUGAAGGCAGCGACGGCAAAAUCCCCUAGUUCUGGCAGCCCAAAGCCGAUGGCAUGUUGUUCGUCUGUUUCGAAUACUACGUAUGUGUGCACAAUCCCUGUUGAUCAUUGUCUGGCAUGAGGUCCUCUGAGCACCUACUUCCGCACAUCCUUCAACUUCCUCGGCGGCCGCUUGUUCCCGUCUACCGGUGUCAGCACAAAAUCGCAUGCCUUAGGCACAGUGCUAAUGGUAGCGAGCACGCCAAGUAGACGUCGGCAAUGGUGAUGAAGACCUUCUCUAUCUCGUCUGCAUCGCUUCGCGCUCGUGAUUCCUCCCAGCUGUGCGUCCUCUGAGCGUUGUGAGCGCCAGUGCCAGUGUGCUCGGAAACCGAGGACAGGCUUGUUGGCUGCUCCGUACUGUCACAGAGCGAGGGCUCGACGUUCCGAAUCGCCAGGCCGACCAGUGCUCAGCGCGAGGGCGUAGAUAAGCGAUAAGUGAAAAGACUGUAACACGCGUCGAAGCACACAUGUGGGAUACCAGAGCGAGCAAGAUCCCGGUAGAGAGUGGACGAAACG